AUGCUUGAUAUCAACGACUUCAUUGUCGAGCGCGGCGGCGACCCUGAGAAGAUCAGGGAGAGCCAGCGUAAGCGCUAUGCCCCCGUUGAGAUCGUCGACGAAGUCAUUGCCAUGUGGGAGGACCACCGCAAGACCGCCUAUGCCGCCACCCAGAUCAACGCCAAGAUCAACGAGGCCAAGGAGGAUGUCACCGACCUCUUGAAGCAGAAAGCCGACCUGGAGAAGGAGAAGAAGGAUCUGCUCGCCUCCGCCGCCGAGAAGGAGAAGGCCCUGAAGGCCAAGGUGCGCACCAUCGGCAACAUCGUCCACGAGUCCGUCCCCGUCUCUGACAACGAGGACAACAACCGUGUUGAGCGCACCUGGGCCCCUGACGGUGUCACCUUUGAGAAGCGCAAUGUGCUUUCUCAUCACGAGGUCCUCGCCAAGCUGGAUGGCUAUGAUCCGGAUCGAGGUGUCAAGGUUGUUGGCCACCGCGGCUACUUCCUGCGCAAGUGGGGCGUCUUCCUUAACCAGGCCCUUAUCAACUACGGCCUCGAAUUCCUCUACAACAGGGGAUAUAUUCCCCUCCACACCCCACAGCUUAUGCUGAAGGAGCAAAUGGCCAAGACCGCUCAGCUCUCGCAGUUCGAUGAGGAGCUUUACAAGGUCACUGGUGAUCAAACUGAGAAGUACCUUAUUGCUACUUCAGAGCAACCGAUCAGCGCCUACCACGCUGACGAGUGGCUUCAGCCCAAGCAGCUGCCCCUGAAGUAUGCCGGCUACUCUACCUGCUUCCGGAAGGAAGCUGGUGCCCACGGCAAGGAUGUUUGGGGCAUCUUCCGUGUCCAUGAAUUUACCAAGGUCGAACAAUUUUGCAUUACGGACCCUGAGAAGUCUUGGGAGAUGUUCGAGUCCAUGAUCUCGACUUCGGAGGAGUUCUAUCAGUCUCUUGGCAUUCCCUACCGGGUGGUCGCUAUCGUGUCUGGCGCGCUCAACAAUGCUGCGUCCAAGAAGCUCGAUCUCGAGGCCUGGUUCCCGCACCAAGGAGAGUUCAAGGAGCUGGUCAGCUGCUCGAACUGCACGGACUACCAGAGCCGUGAUCUGGAGAUUCGCUUCGGCAUCAAGAAGCAAACCGAUGUCAAGAAGACCUACGUGCAUUGUCUCAAUUCCACCCUGACUGCUACCACGCGCACUAUCUGCGCUAUUCUAGAGAACUUCCAAACAGAAGACGGCGUUAAAAUCCCCGAGCCCCUGCGGAAGUACCUGCCAGGUGCUCCCGACUUCAUCCCCUUCGCCAACACGGCGCCUGAGAAGAAGGAGAAGGAGAUUCCCGUGCGGUAA